CCAGGCCCAGCUGCAGUUGCAUAAAACGGCUGGCCUCAGCUCAUAGCCAUCCACGUUCCUGACAACAUGAGGUCCAGCAGCAUCUUGGUCCUGGCGGUUUUCCUCGUCCUUGGGACGCUGGCAGCACAGGCAGCUGUCGCAGGAGAUCCUUAUCAUGGUUACGUAGGUGACAAAAGUCUGGUCAAAGGACAAGAUCCGGUUAGAGAUCGAUAUCCAGUCAAAGGACGAGAGCCGGUUAAAGGACGAGAGCCGGUUAAAGGACGAGAGCCGGUUAAAGGACGAGAGCCAGUUAAAGGACAAGAUCCAGUCAGAGGUCACACUAAGCCUGGCUUCUGCCCCAUGGUUUUGAUGAAGUGCGCCAUGAUGAAUCCCCCUAACACCUGUAUGAGAGAUUCCGAGUGCCGGGGGACCAAGAAGUGCUGUGAGGGCUCCUGCGGGAGGAUCUGUAUGAAUCCCCAGUGAGGUGGAGCCUGUCUUUGCUGCACCUGUGAAGUCCGCGGGGCUGCCGUCCUUGGUCCUUGUAGCACUGUGCUUUCCCACGCUGCUCAGACUUCCUCUCCCUGAGGAUGUUCCAGCCUGGAGCUGUUUUUCUCAGUGAUUUUCCAAUAAAAGACCACUUUCUGCUCAA